AAAAAUUCGAACGAAAUGGGUUCGAGCUUAGCUGAAGCAAAUCAGAUGGAGAAGGAAGAGUCGUUGAAACUGGCGAUCGCUGUUUCUCUGCUACGAUCUAAGAUCCAGAAACGCAGAUCUUCUUCCUCUACUCUCCGUUGUAAUUCUUCCUCCAAGACUGAUGCUCUUCGCUGGAAGCACAAGGCUAAAGAGAGGAAGAAAGAGAUAAUCAGACUCCAGGAAGAUCUCAAGGAUGCUGAAAGUGGUUCACAUUGUGAUUUGUUCCCAGCGAAUGCUUCUUGCAAGUGUUAUUUCUUUGAUAACUUGGGAGAGUUCAGCGGGAGGCGGUUUGGUGAGGAGGCCUCUGAACCUAGAUUCAACCUUGUUCUUCGCCGUAGAUUUCUCAGAUUAGCAAGGACAAGAAGGAGAAGGAAAACAACUCUACCAUCUCAAAGAUUGGGGGUCUCAGGACCGGUAUAUGAAGAGGAAGCAGAGCAUCUAAAGAUAUCUAUUGAUUUUCUACUGGAACUGGCUGAAGCAGACUCCAAUGCCUCUUAUUUCAGCAAUUGGUCACAUCAGGCUGUGGAUUCCAUAUUAGCUUCACUAAGGAAGCUGAUAUCGAUUGGGAGAAACUUGGAAUCUGUUGAAGAAUCUAUUAGUUUCAUGAUUACACAGUUGAUCAACAGAAUGUGCACUCCCUUUAAAGGAAAUGAAACAAGUAUCGGGUUUUAUGCCCAACAUCUUAUCCGUAAACUGGGAAGUGAUUCACGCAUUGGACAGCGUGCAAUAUUUGCUAUUUCACAGAGAAUAUCCGUUUUAGCCGAGAACUUACUGGUCAUGGACCCAUUUGAUGAAUCAUUACCAGAGAUAGAUGAGUGCGUGUUUAUAUUGAUACAGCUUAUCGAGUUCCUGAUAUGUGACUAUCUGCUACCUUGGGCUGAGACUGAAUCAUUUGAAACUGUUCUGUUAGAGGAGUGGAUAGCAUCAGUAGUCCAUGCGAGGAAAGCAGUAGCUGCGUUGGAAGAAAGAAACGGAUUGUAUAUUCUUUACAUGGACCGAGUCACAGGGGAAUUAGCUAAACGAGUUGGUCAAGUCACAUCUUUCCGGGAGGUGGAGCCAGCCAUUUUGGACAAACUCUUAUCUUAGCCUACCCAGAAUGAUUACCUUCCAGGUCAUGAAGCUGGUCAAACAAGGAAGCUUGGAGUUUUCAUAAGGAAAAGGGGAGGAGGAGGGUACAGAAGGUCCCGCACCACCACAUCAGCUUCUGUAACACUUUUGUCAGGCUCCUUCCAUAUGACUGCUUGCUUUGCCUCCUCUUUCCUGCUCUCUCUUCUUUUCUAGGUUUUUUUUUUAUUGUCAAAGGUCAUUUUUCCUUUCACUUUCCCUACAAGAAUUGCUGUAGUCAAUAGUUAUUGUCAACAAGAAACUCUCUGUAUUCUCAUAUAAGUUUGAGUUCUAUAUAAAUGUGUGGAACAUGAA